CCGAAAGCCGCGGAAAGAGAGAAAGUAGUUUCUUGGAAGGCACUCUAUAAGGUUCUCUCUCACUAAUCAGUAAUCACUAUAUAUAUGCACAUAACAUACUGUACAGGGCACGCCUCUUGCAUAAUAAAGUGCUUUGUGUUCAAGCCAUCACUUUGUGACUUCCCUUUCGUAAUCUCUCAGAUAUCUUUCAGCUUCUGAGCUUUAUUCUUUCGUUGAUUUCGUUUUGUUUUGUUUAUUUUUUUCUGUGAUACUUGACAUACUCUUCAACAAGGCAUGGCAACAAAGGCAAAGAACAACAAGGUGGGGAGUGAGUUGGGUUGUGGUCUCAUGGGGAGAAUUCUCCACCUCAGAAGCCACAAGCUGAGAAAAGUUCACUCGCUACCCUUGAAGGCUAGAAACAAUGUACUACACAAUGAUCAUGAAGAUGGCAAAAGUGAACCCAAGAAGACCCCAAAUGAUGAAUCAAAGGUUACAACAAAACUUUCAAACAAUCAUAAUCAGAGGCAUUCAGAUGUUGUUGCAAGAAGCUCAACUUCAUCCUCCACUGGUACUUCAAUUUCAUCUCACACAAAGGUUCAACAAAACAAUGACAAGAAUCAUGAGAAUUCCCUUGCACUUGCUAGGAUAAGUACUAGUCACAAUGAGAACAACAAGCCUCAAUUGAAACUCACUGGGAAUUUGCUUGUAAAUAACACCCCAAGAAGAAAGAGUGUGGAAUACAUGCCUAAGAAUGCAGAGUUGAACUCUGUGACUAAUUCUCACACCAAUGCAAGCAAAGGCUUGAUGGGGAAUAUCAUGAGGAGGAACAGCAUCAGCAAUGAGGUUGCACAGUUUUUGAGUCCUAGGAUGAACAAAAUGGACCCUGAGAUGUUGAAGUCCAUGGGAAAUGAAGCAUACAAGCAGGGAAGAUUUGAAGAGGCUUUGGUUUUGUAUGAUCGAGCCAUUGCACGUGAUUCAAAUAAGGCAACGUAUCAUUGCAACAAGAGUGCAGCUUUAAUUGGCUUAGGAAGGCUUCAGGAAGCAAUUAUUGAGUGUGAGGAAUCUAUCAAGCUGGACCCUUCUUAUGUCAGAGCCCACAACCGUUUGGCCACAAUAUAUUUCAGGUUGGGAGAGGUAGAAAAAGCACUGGAUUGCAAUGAGUCAGCCUUAUAUGCUGAUUCAGUACUUGCUUUCCAAGCUCAGGCUCUUAAAAAUCACCUUAACAAAUGCAUAGAAGCACGGAAAGUCAAUGCAUGGAGUGUUAUACUAAAGGAAACAAAGUCUGCAAUAUCCUUAGGUGCUGAUUCAGCUCCACAGGUCUAUGCUUUACAAACUGAAGCCUUGUUGAAGCUCCUAAGAUACCAAGAGGCAUAUGUCAUCUACGAUAAAAUGCCAAAAUUUUCACUUGAUUGGUGUACCAAGAUAUUUGGCCCGGUUCACAGCGCUUACCUUUUAAUGAUAAGUGCACAGGUUCACUUAGCUGCUGGCAGGUUUGAGGAAGCUGUGACAGAAGCUCAGCAAGCAGCUAAAGUUGAUCCUGGCAAUAGAGAGGUGAAUGCAGUGGUAAGGAAGGCCAGAGCAGCAACAUCAGCUAGAAUGAGUGGAAACUUGCUCUUUAAGGCAUCAAAAUUCACCGAAGCAUGUGCCGUGUACAACGAAGGACUAGAACAUGAUCCACACAACUCAGUUCUUCUGUGUAACAGAGCUGCAUGUCGUUCUAAGCUUGGCCAAUAUGAGAAAGCAAUUGAAGAUUGUAAUGCGGCACUCAUGGUUCAACCAUGUUAUAGCAAAGCAAGGUUAAGGAGGGCACAUUGCAAUGCCAAGUUGGAAAGGUUGGAAGCAGCUAUUCAAGACUAUGAAAUGCUAUUAAGGGAAAGGCCAGGGGAUGAGGAAGUGGCAAGGGCAUUGUUUGAAGCUCAGAUCCAACUCAAGAUUCUACGUGGUGAAGAUACUAAGGACUUGAAAUUUGGUUCAAAUUUGGUUUUCAUCUCAAGUAAUGAUCGGUUCAGACAUUAUGUGACCUCACCUGGGAUGGCUGUGGUGCUCUUUAGCAACAAGGCAACCCACAAGAAAGUGUUACUUGAGUUGGAGCAAAUCAGCAAGAGAUUCCCAUCACUUAACUUCCUCAAGGUGGAGAUCGAAGACCACCCCUACUUAGCAAAGUCAGAAGGUGUGAGCUCUAUCCCAGCUUUCAAAAUAUACAAGAACGGAUCAAGGGUUAAAGAAAUUUCAGGCAACAACCACGACUUGUUAGAAAGAUCAGUUAAAUUGUAUAGCAGCUGAGAUAAUUGCACUUAAAUAAUGCCAACAAAUUGUUUCUCCUUCAUAAAUAGGUGGCCCUGCUUACAGGGCAGAGGAAAUUCUAGAAAUACGAUGUGCAUUGAUCACUUUACAUGUAAAGAAUUUCAUAGAAAAAAGAAUUCUGCGUUAGUAAUAGAUUUUUUAAUCUAGUGGAUGUUGCUUUAAUUAUUCAUAUCCCAUGUAUAUUGGUUCGACAAAUCUAAACGUCUGUGUUGUAUUUUUUUUAAAAAUGUUACAUGUUCUUAACAAGAAUGUUUUCAGAGGUUGUCCUAGUGAAUGACUAGUUGCAAAUAGUAGAACAUAAUAACUACCUCCGUUGGAGAAACUUUAUGGAAUGUCAGUGGAUUUUUGUUCUGUCCU